AUGUAUAAUUAUACAAAUUCUCAUACAAGUUCUAUUUUUUCUGGUUAUGUUAUUCUUUUUCAUUUUUCUCAUUUGACAUUGAUAAAUAGUUGUACCACAAGAGUAUAUGGAAAUUUUCAAUGUUUAGAUAAAAAUCAUCUGUGUGUGACACAUUGCCGAACGACGUUACCAUUAGUACAAGAGUCUGGCUUCAACACUGAAUUGUGUUUCAAUAUCUUUGUCGUGUCGUGUGUUGUAUCUGGUGUUUGUCUUAGUUUUGUUGUUGGUAGCGAGGCCUAA